UAGAUUCGGUGUUUUGGCCCCUGACGCUUUGCUGAACCCUGCGACCCGCUGGUCGCUGAGACGGCCGCUGAUUGGCCCGUCCCGGUCACGUGACCGUCGUCCUCGUAGCUGGACUUUUCUCCGGCAGCGGGCAGCGGGCGCUCCGCCGUCUCACAGCAAACAAACACGAACCGCCGAGCCGCCGGAACACGAGCCACGCGGACCGGAGCUCAGCGAGCAUGGGAGACAAGAGGAGCCCAACGAGGCCGAAACGACAGCCCAAGCCCUCGUCCGACGACGCCUACUGGGACUGCAGCGUGUGCACGUUCAGGAACAGCGCCGAGGCGUUCAAAUGCAUGAUGUGCGAUGUCCGCAAGGGCACCUCGACACGGAAGCCUCGUCCUGUCUCCCAGCUGGUAGCACAGCAAGUAACGCAGCAGUUUGCUUCGCCCACUCAUCCCAAGAAAGAGAAGAAGGAGAAGACGGAUAAGGAGAAAAAUGAGAAGGAGCCCACACUGAAAAGGAAUAGCCACAAGAAAAUGAGGCCCAGGUUAAAAAACGUGGACAGGAGCAGUGCUCAGCACCUGGAGGUGACCGUAGGAGACCUGACAGUUAUCAUCACAGACUUUAAAGAGAAAACCAAGCCCUCGUCCAGCUCCUCUUCGAGCGCCACCUCGGCAGAUCACCACAACCAGAGCGGCUCCAGCUCCGACAACACAGAGAGAGGGUUCUCCCGCUCCUCCUCGCCCCGAGGGGAGGCUUCUUCAGUCAACGGAGAGGCCCACUAAGAGCUGACCUUGUAGCAAACCCCCUAUCCCCUCGCACCCCAGUGUUCUUUUUGCACCAGAACAUGCACAAUUGUGUGUGCGCUUGUGCGUGUAGGCCAAGACUUGAUACUUGAGACUAGACCCAGGCACUAUUGACCAACCACCAUUGCCACAUCUAGAGGAUUUAAGCCCCAGAUCUUCCAGGACUCAAUGCUCCUGCUUUGUUAUUACAUGGAGAAUUUGUUACAACACCUAUUAAGUCAGCUGGAGUGAACUUCUGACUUCUUUUUACAGGACUUCUGAUGUUAAAAAUUAAUGACUUGUAACAAGUAAGUGAUUUACUGACCAUACAGCGGCAAUUCGACAUGAUAGUAUUGUGCAUCGAACCAGUGUUACUGUUGAUUUGCAUUUAAAGACUACAUCUACUCUUGUCUUAUGUAAUGUUAUGGCAUGGUUUGGGUUCCUUUUUUCUUUUCUUUUUUUAUAGGAGCGUUGAGUGCAACACAGAGAAGCAGAUGGACUGCCUUUCUGUAAUUGUACAGUCUUCUAUGGAUAACUAACUGUGGUAGCAACCAGAGUGUUUGUUUUUUAACGUUUUAUUGUUUCCUCCCUCACUUGUUCAUUGCACCUGCUGGCACUUGGUGUAGUUUAUAAGGGGGGGGAAAUGUAGUUUUUGAUGUUUGUUUGUUUUAAGGUCUGAUUUUGAGAGAAUUGCAUCAGCAUUUUAGUUUAGCCUUCCACUCAGAUGUACUGUAAUGUGUUAGAGCGUCUUGGUUCCUCUCACCAAGAUAGCUAAAUAAAACAAAAUGUUUAAUAGUAAAAACAAAAUGGAAAAUGUA